GGAGGGGCCCCGGCGGGCGCUGGGCGAGCUGGGGUGGGCGGCGGCGGCGGCCGGGCGGCCUCGGCCACCCGGUAAUCGCAUCUUUUCUCGGCGUCUGGUCUGCAGAGGGAGCAGUAUGUCCGCGGAAGUCCCCGAGGCAGCCUCCGCGGAGGAGCAGAAGGAAAUGGAAGAUAAAGUGACUAGUCCAGAGAAAGCUGAAGAAGCAAAAUUAAAAGCAAGGUAUCCUCAUCUGGGACAAAAGCCUGGAGGUUCAGAUUUCUUAAGGAAACGAUUACAGAAAGGGCAAAAAUAUUUUGAUUCUGGGGAUUACAACAUGGCUAAAGCAAAAAUGAAGAACAAGCAACUUCCUGCUGCAGCCCCAGAUAAGACGGAGGUCACUGGUGACCACAUUCCCACUCCACAGGACCUUCCUCAACGAAAACCAUCCCUUGUUGCUAGCAAGCUGGCUGGCUGAUUAAAAGAACUGAACUGCA